GGAUAAGCCAGUUCUUAACUUACAGAAAUGUAAUUUUAUUAAUUUCUCCAAGUUAAUCGAGUACAGCUUUCACUUUGGACACCAUUUGGCUGUAAGAAUAAGAUAUAAACUUUAAAAACUUAAAUUUAAAAAACUAAUACUAGUAGAAUUGAUUGAUUACGAUUUAUUUUUUCAAAAAGGCAAUUAUCUUAAUUUACAUCAAUGUGUAGUAUUUGGACAUUUAUUUAUUAUGACAUUUUAAGUACACCUUUCAAUUUGGACGCUAUUUGGCUGUGACAACGAGCUCAAAACUUUUUUAAAGUUACAUUUAAUACAUGUAACAGAUUGAAUUGAUGCAGAAAUACACAUUUUAAAUGUUUUUAAGGGAGUUAUGCCCUUUUCCAAGAUAAAGCGCUGCAGAAAUAUAUAUAAACUGGUGGUAUGAUUGUAGAAAUGAAUGUUUUUCAAAAGUUGCAAGUUGCUGAAACAACAAAAAGGGCAGUGAGAAAGGACAGCCGUGUGCUGCCGAAAGACCCGAAAGGGCCAAGAUGGCUGCGCCCGCGACAGACGCCGGGGAGUUUGAAAGCUGGCUAAAUGAUCGGCUGGACUCGCUGGAAGUGGACCGGGAGGUGUACGGGGCCUACAUUUUAGGCGUCCUGCAGGAAGACGAGAGCGACGAGGAGAAAGAAGAAGUGCUUCAAGGGAUUUUAUCCGCAUUUCUGGACGAGGACACCGUGGAAGAUGUCUGCAAACAGAUCAUCAAAGAGUGGACAGAUUGUCGCAACAGAUCAGCAGCCAAAAGUGAUGCUGAUGAUGCUGAAGUCCAGGCCAUUGCCAGUAUGAUAGAAAAACAAGCUCAGAUUGUGGUGAAACAAAAGGAGGUGUCCGAGGAGUCGAAGAAAAGGAAAGAAGCCCUCCUCGCUCAAUACGCUAAUGUCACAGACGAUGAGGAUGAAGCUGAAGAAGAGGAGCCACCGUGUGGAAAUAACCCUGUUCCAAAUGAUAAAUCCCUGUUUAAGAACACCAACGUGGAAGAGGUGCUGAACAGACAAAAGCAAAAGCGGGAUCAGGCCCGUGAAGAUGCACAGAAGAAGAAGGAAGGGGACAAGAUGCAGCGGGAGAAGGACAAACUGGCCAAACAAGACAGGAAAGAGAAGGAGAAGAAGCGUACACAGAAAGGUGAACGCAGGAGAUAAAACUAAGCGAAAGGACACUUUGUAUGUGGAAAGAUUUUGUUAUGAGACAAAUGGAAAAAAAAAAUGACAGUCAGCGUCUCUUAAUAGCUGAACCUCAUUGACACAUUCAAUAUAUGAACAUGUCUUCAUCAGACCUUCCAUGU